AGACGCUUAAUACCACUCCAUUUGUCGUUUCCACGAAAACGCUGCGUCGCUGAAUCUGCGCUCGGCUGCUGCUGUUGGCUAAAUGUCUUUGCGGAUUCUAUUCUUUCUCUCAGCGAUCUCUUGCCUUUCCUUAGCGGGUCGUUGUAAAUGGCGAUAUCGUGAAAGCAGAGUUAAUGAACAAGUAAUAAGGCAGCCAAGAAUCUCUCGAAACUGCCGUGGACGAGUAUCAUUGGCAGGAGAAGAGUACUGGUCAUCUGUUGGCUAUGAUGGAAGAUUAAGGGAAGGACGGACCACAGGCGAUUUUCUCACAGUUCCUCAUACGGGUGGCGGACAAGUACGCGAAGGUUGGGUGGCUUAUUGGAUCACCAAAGACCGAUAUGGUCCAGGUGUACACUAUGAAAUCUUCGGACAUGCCUAUCUUCGCCCGGAUGGACGCAUCUGCGCCCGAUUUGCUGGACGAGAUCGCGAUGCCAUCGAGCUUUGCGAGGGAUUCCGAGUUUUGUCGCGAAAUCGCUUCAAUCCAAGCGAAGAAUGCCCUUUUGAGUGGGUCCAAGCCGCUUAUGUAAGACCUCGAGAAGCCAUCGGUUUUCAUCAUCAUCGCAUAGCGAAGAAUGAGGAAUCUCCAAAUGAUGCUUACUACGGUGAUGCGAACUUGAGAGAAAGGACGUUCCGUGGAGUACCACCAAAUGCGAUGAUAUUUGUUGAGCUAUUAGAUCCGAACAUGUUUGUCAGAAAUAUUUGGGUUCUCCGAAGAAAGCCAGAAGUUGCAGCGGCUAUAGAAGCACAAUAUCCCUUCUACCCCAGCAGAAGCGAGGGUCGAAGAUAUCCGCAGGAUUACGGCCCGAGUUUCCCAAGGGGAGACGAAGCUGGGUCACGUGGUUUGCCCGCAGUUGGAGGUGGAGCCCAAGAUUGGCCUCCCAAAACUUCUGCUCAGGCUGGAGAAGAAGAAAGAGCAAACAAUCAACCUUCUGGAGUGGGACAAGGAGCUCAACCUAGCUGGCCUCAACCUGGCACUCAGGCGAGAAGAGGCGUUAUUCUUCGACAGCGAAUGGAAACGACAACCGAUGAAAACGACAUUUAUUCGGAUUGGUCUCACCGGAGUGUAUCAGAUGGUGAAAUGGGAGGCACUGGUCAGCCUGAACCUGACGUCGGUGAGGGAGUUGAGGGCGCUCGACCGGAUUGGCGAUCUGCGCAGGACGCUCGCCCUUAUCCAGACAGUGAUGCUGGCCAACAACAACCCGGCUGGGACUCCGCAAAUCGAGAGCGGCAAGGUGAAGCUGCGCCGGGAGAAGAACCACGAGAGGAGGUGCGAGUUCGCUAUAUUAGACCACCUGUCAUUGUGACGGAUCAGCAUGGUAGACGCUACCGAACAAAAACGGAAAAUGGACAGACUUACUACUACGCCGAGGACCAUGGGCAAGACGCGUCAGGAAGAAGCAGACCAACAGAUGAACGGCAGCAGCCCGAUAAAAAGUGGCGCACAUACCCUGAAGCAGUACAUGAUCAGACGCAGCAGUACGGAAUUCCGGGACAUCAGGGACAACAACCGCACUCACAAGAUCAAGGACAACAGUCAGCUCAAGGAGAGCAGUCGAUGCAACAGCAGCAUGAUCCGAGACAGCAUCCAAGCCAAGAACAUCGUGAAAGACAGCAACAAGCUGGACAAGAACAACCGCAAGAUCCAAGACAAUAUCCAGGUCAACAAGAUCCAACACAGCGACAGGGUGAGAGAAGAGGACAACAGCAAGAUUCAAGACACCCAGAUCAGCAAGAUCAGAGACAACAGCAGGGUGAAAGGUGGAACCAACAGCAGGACUUAAGACAGCACCCAAGUGACCCAAGGUCGCAACAGCAAGAUCCAAGGCAGUAUCGAGGUCAGCAAGAUCAAAGACAACAGCAGGGGCGGGAGCAACAGCAGGACCCAAGACAGUACUCAGGUCAACAAGAACGAACACAACAGCAGGUUGAGACGCGAGAACAACCGGAGGAUUCAAGACGAGCAGAUGAAAAAGAUCGUUCAAGGAAACAAAAUGGCGAAAAACAGGAACAACAGCAAGACUCAAGGUACACACAAGAGCAGCACGCAAGGCGACAUCACGCGCAUAGGCAUCAUCAUCAUCAUCAAGAACCGAAACAAGGGCAAGAGCAGGACCCCAGACAGACGCAGCAAGAUACGAGACAGUCGGCACAAGACGAUCGUUCAAGGCAGCAGCAGAAUUACAAUCAGCCGCAACAGCAAGAUGCACAACGGCAGACGCAGCAGCAAGAUUCGAGACAGUAUUCACCACAGAAUGAGCAAUCAAGACAGGAACACGACUACCAAGCGCAACAGCACGGUUCAAGACAACAUCCAGCAUCUCAAGGGGAGCACAUGAAGCAACAUCAAGAUCAAAGGUCACAGCAACAAGAUUUGGGCCAGUAUCCACCACAACGGGAGUCACAGAGUGACUACGAAGCACGAAGAAAGGCGUAUUAUGAGGAGUAUACUAGAUCGCUGGAACAGAGAAAGCAAGAAGCCCAACGUCGUCGAGCGGAAGAGGAAAGGCGUCGAGCUGAACUUGCCCGUCAAGGAGAACGACAAGAAUAUGACGAACGUGACUUGCCGCAGCUACUUAAACCAGAGAUUCAGAUCCCGGAAGCCGAUCCGCCGUUUGAACCGCAGGCCGAGAUGAAUGAAAGCGGCGAGGUGUCACAAUACCCUGCGUCUGCCGAGUCACCGCCUUCAAUCAUUGGAAAUUAGCCUUUUUCUCAAUAUCCAGCGAUGUCUCGUUUUUCAGACGCCUUCCUCCUCCACGUCCACUUUUAAAGGAAGAAUUGGAAAACGACGAUCAAUGAUUGCUUUUUUAUAUCUGUAUUCAUUAGCUAAUUGCCUACGUAUUCUCAAAAUCGACCACAUUGUUUGCAUUUACGCGCCGUAUCCCUCCUACUGCCUUACGAGUUUUACUGCCUUACUGCUGAUUAUAUGUACUCCAUAUUUUUCACCUUAUAAGGUGUUUCAGAAGCGGUCUUCUCAAGCAUUCAUGGUUAUUUCUCUUUAUAUUACAUAUCAGUAUGUUAUUACUGCCGC